AUGGGCCAGUCCCAAUCCACCGCCACAGGCGGCCCAGCCGACAGCAGCAAACACGUCUUCACAGCCAGCACGCCCAUCAACUUCUCCUCCGAGCUUGUCGAGUCCCUGCAAGCCUCGUCCGAAACCAAUUCGACGCGCGCCAAAUCCCUCGAGCUGCACAUCGCGCAGCGCGUGCAGGAAGAGCUGGCCAAGCUGCAGGAAGGCCAAUCUUCCGCGCUUGAGGCCGCCAAGUCCAAGAUCCUCAGCGAGCGUGAGGCGUCGGAAGGCGGAGAGGGCUUCGCUGCGGCGGCCAAGGACAAGUUGCCGCAGGGACUCGGGGGUGUGAGCAAGGAGGAGAAGGAGCGGAAAGAGGCCAGCAGCAAGAAGGUGCAGGAGGAGAUUGAGCGGUUGAAGCGCGAGUUGGGCCAGAGAAAGGUGCUGAAGGAGCUGCCGAAGGAGGUGGAGGCGGCGAGGAGCGAGUUGACUUCGUGUUUGAGGGUCAACGAUCGGCGGCCGCUGGAUUGUUGGAAGGAGGUUGAGGUGUUUAAGCGGGAAGUGAGGCGGUUGGAGGAGGAGUUCGUCAGUAAGGUGCUAUGA